CACAGAAAAAAUACUGAAAAAGACUCAAAAUUUGCUCUUAUAUUCUUUCAAUUUAUCAUAUAUUUUACUUAUGGCAAUGAGUUUGCCUCAUCAAAUCGGAGCAUUAUCAGGAACGGCCAUAUCAUCGGAAACUGAAAGUGUUUCCGGCGAAGCUCCGGCAAAAACAACACUUACUACAUCAGCAUUACGGAGAGCUUCGGUUACAAAUCUCCGAGUAUCGAUGCAAAAUUCAGGAACUGAAGCAGAUAAAGUGCUAACAUCACCACCUUUGAGUCCGGUGACGUGUCACGCGCUAACGGAGGCGCGUGAUGCUUUAGCGGAGACGGCGGAGGUGGAGAAGGAGGACAAACUUGGGAAAGGAGUGCCGGUAUAUGUGAUGAUGCCGUUGGACAGUGUGAAAAUGGAUAAUACGGUGAAUCGUAAGAAGGCGAUGAAGGCGAGUUUACAGGCGUUGAAGAGUGCUGGAGUUGAAGGGAUAAUGAUGGACGUGUGGUGGGGAUUGGUGGAGCGGGACGCGCCGGGAGAGUACAAUUGGGGUGGUUAUACGGAGCUUUUGGAAAUGGCGAAAAAGCAAGGGCUUAAAGUUCAGGCUGUGAUGUCGUUUCAUCAGUGUGGCGGAAACGUCGGUGACUCUUGUUCGAUCCCUCUUCCAGGGUGGGUCGUUGAAGAGAUUGACAAGGAUCCUGACCUUGCAUAUACGGAUCAAUGGGGAAGGAGGAAUCAUGAAUAUAUCUCGCUUGGUUGUGAUACUCUUCCUGUCCUUAAAGGGAGGACUCCUGUUGAAUGUUACUCCGACUUCAUGAGAGCAUUUAGAGAUAGAUUUGAGAAUCUGCUAGGGGACACUAUUGUGGAAAUUCAAGUUGGCAUGGGUCCAGCUGGAGAGCUACGUUAUCCAUCCUACCCUGAAAAAGAUGGAAUAUGGAAAUUUCCCGGUAUCGGAGCUUUUCAGUGUUAUGACAAGUAUAUGCUCAGCAGCUUAAAGGUUGCAGCAGAAGAAGCUGGCAAGCCUGAGUGGGGUUACACUGGUCCGACGGAUGCAGGCGAGUAUAACAACUGGCCAGAAGAUACAACCUUUUUCAAGAAAGAAAGUGGUGGUUGGGAUUGUCCAUAUGGUCAGUUCUUCCUCACAUGGUAUUCUCAAAUGCUCUUGGACCAUGGUGAGAGAAUAUUGCAGUCCACCAAAGCUAUAUUUGAGAACAAGGGCGUCAAGAUAUCAGUUAAGGUAGCAGGCAUUCAAUGGCACUAUGGAACCCGGUCCCAUGCCCCUGAACUCACAGCAGGGUACUACAACACCCGUUUCCGAGAUGGUUACCUUCCAAUUGCUCAGAUGCUUGCUCGACACGAUGCUAUUUUCAACUUCACAUGUAUUGAGAUGCGAGAUCAUGAGCAGCCACAGGAUGCACGAUGUGCACCUGAGAAGUUGGUUAGACAAGUAGCAUUAGCAACACGGGAAGCUCAAGUUCCACUAGCUGGCGAGAAUGCUUUGCCCCGAUACGAUGAGUUUGCACAUGAGCAGAUCCUCCAAGCUUCCUCAUUGAAUAUCGACAGCCAAUCCGACAAUAGACAAAUGUGUGCAUUUACUUAUCUGAGGAUGAAUCCAGACCUCUUCCAUCCCGACAACUGGAAAAGGUUUAUCGCAUUUGUGAAGAAAAUGAAUAACGGAAAAGAUGUGCACCAUUGUCGGGAACAAGUGGAACGGGAGGCUGAGCAUUUUGUGCAUGUUACUCAGCCUCUAGUGCAAGAAACUGCAGUUGCCCUCAUGCAAUGAGCAUAUUCUCAGCUGUAUACUUCUGCCGCUUGUAUAUGUAUGAAAUGUAUUAUAGUGCAAUCUUGAAAGAUUGGGAUAUCAUAUUUUGAAGAUAUUCCUGAAUAAUAUUGUACGUACUCUC